AACAUAUAGUUCUUUUUAUGAAAGAAACAUGAGAGCGGAUAAUUUAGCCAUAACAAGGAAAUCCUUUUUUGUUUGUCGUUAUCAAACUAAACUUUAAAAAAUAAUAGAACGAAAAGCAAAUCAGAAGAUGAAUGAAAAUAGAAGUCAAAAUCUCGAGAAAGAGCUUUUAUACGUGAUUGCCAAGUAUUUAGAAAAUGGUCCUUGUAAGAAGGCAGGCAUGAUUCUUCGUGAGGAGUUGCAAAGAAAUCAGCUUAUUUUCCCCCGAUUAGAUUGGAAGGGGAACGUCCACGUUCAAAAUUAUGAAGAAUUUGAUCGAAAAAAUGCGCACUUACCUCCACAGUAUCUUGUACAACUUAUUGAGAGGUUAAACCCGUUAGUUGAGCAAUGUUUUCCCUCCAGUAUAAAAUCACUAAAAUCCUUAUUAGGGCGAGGAUCUGCUUCUUUAUUAAGAACUGAAGUUACCGGUAAAGCUAAAAAAAAAACUGAACUAAAACAAUCAUCAUGGCAUUCAGUCACUCGAAACUGCGCGCCUCAACUUCUUCCUCCCAACAUAAAAUGCACAUCUUUUGUUGCUACAAUAAUUGGAAGAGAGUUUUCUGGGAGCAAAGGAAAUCUAAAUCUUACAUUGAAUUGCGAACUUUUUUUAAAGAUGUCAAUACACAAACGUGUAUUGGGACAUUUGGCUUCAGUAUACUGUGUUUUGUUUGAUAGAACUGGCAGUAUUAUUGUUACGGGCGCUGAUGACACACUUGUUAAAUUAUGGUCAACACGUGAUUGCCAUCUUAUUGCAACAUUGAGAGGUCAUUCUGCACAAAUUACUGAUAUUUCUAUAAACAUGGAAAACACGCUACUUGCGUCAGGAAGUUUGGAUAAAACUAUAAGGGUUUGGAGACUAAAAGACACACAUCCUGUUGCAGUUUUGCAGGGUCAUACAGGAAUGAUCACUUCAUUAGAGUUUUGUCCAAGUGCUGAUCCUUUUGUGAGAUAUUUAAUGUCAACUGGCGGAGAUGGUAAUAUUUGUUUUUGGCCUUGGUGUCCAUUAUCUAAAGAGUUCACUCUAACACCUAUUAAAUUCAAUGAAAAGUCAAGACCUGGUGCGCAAAUGCUGUGUUCUUCCUUUAGUCCAGGUGGUAGUUUUUUGGUAACAGGAAGUUCAGAUAAUUUCAUUCGUAUAUACCAGCUUUAUCCAGAUGGUCCAGAAAAGAUUGUAGAGUUACCAAACCAUGUGGAUCAUGUGGACAGCAUUUUAUAUAGUCACAGAGGGGAUAGAUUUCUUAGUGGUUCUCGAGAUGGAACGGCAAUGAUAUGGUAUUAUCAAAACUCUGAGUGGCAUGCAACUUGCUUAGAUGCUUCUGCAAGGCUGAAAGGCGAUCCUAAACUCAAUGAUGAAGCAGAAGCUAAAACAAAAUUAAAAGUAACAAUGAUAUGUUGGAAUGCCAAUGAUAGAUUUAUAAUAACUGCUGGAACAGAUUAUGUUUUAAGAGUUUGGGAUUCUAACUGUGCUGUGUUUGUGAAUGCACUUAAAGGGCACACAGAGGAAGUUUAUUUGUUAGAGCCACAUCCUAACUUUCCACAAAUAAUUCUAAGUGCAGGUCACGAUGGGAAUAUUAUUCUAUGGGAUAUUUACAAGUUCAAAAAGUUAAAAUUAUUUUUCAACAUGCUUGAGGGUCAAGGACAUGGUGCAAUAUUUGACUGCAAAUUUUCUCCAGAUGGAUUUUCAAUUAGUGCAACAGACAGUCAUGGUCAUUUACUUUUGGUAGGAUUUGGAUCUGAUGAACGAUUUCUUAAUGUUCCUUAUGAACAAUUUUUUCAUACUGACUAUAGACCUAUCAUAAGAGAUGCAAAUAACUAUGUCAUAGAUGAGCAAACUCAAACAGCACCACAUUUAAUGUAUCCACCAUUUCUUGUUGAUGUUGAUGGUAAUCCUCAUAUUGAAACUUAUCAGCUGCUAAUACCUGGAAGAACGGCUGCUAACCUUCCGCAUAUGCGUACUCCUCAAGUUGAUGAAAAUCUUCCACCUCUUAUGGCAGAGAUUGCAGCAGCUGAGGCUUCAAUUGUUCAACAGCGAAACCGUAAUAACUCAGUUGGAGGUCUUUUAAGCCCUAGUGGUGUAGGCCUUGGUUUACGUGAAAGUGGGGAUGUUGAAGGGGUUCGUCAGCAAAAUAAUUCAUACGUGUCUGGUGAUAUAAGUGAUGCAGAUGCAAAAUUAUGGUGGAGAAGAACAAUAAUUCCCAAAAACAACUUGUACAAUGAGAAAGAAGAUGAAGAAAAAAGAUUAAAGCAAGGAAAAAAUGAAAUUCUUUUAUAUAAAAAAGAGCAAAUAAAGAAACAAAGAAAGUUUUCAGAAGAAGUACCUGAUGAUAACCGUAAUUUAAGGUCAGUUAGUGGACGUGGUCGUGGUCGUACUCGUUUAUCAAAAGUAAGAGUUCCUGUUUCUUAUGUUAGGGCAUCUGCAAUGGGUACUUUUGACCAUGUUAUGCCAUCCAGUGGCAGAGAAGUGAUGAAUAUUAGUGAGAAUGUAUCUGUUAUUAGUGAAAGCGAGCCAGAAGAUUGGCAGGGAGAGAGCAGUGACUCAACUGAUGAUUCAGAUUGGAUAGAUGAAAGGUUAAUAAGCAAAGAACAGAAUGAGCUUGCACCUCGCAAAAGGCGUAAAAAGAAGAUAGUUUCUUCGGAUGUUGAAGAUAAUGAUGAACUAGAGGUUGAUGUUAUAAGUAGAGAAAGUUCUUCGGAUUCACACACUUCUGAGUCUUCUGAAAGCGAAGAGAAUGUUAAUGAUAAAACUGAAACUGUUGUUGUUAAAAGAAGCAAACGUGUAAAUAGGGGAAAACAGAAAGCAUCACGGACCUGUCUUCCUGAAAAAGUUUUUCAUAAAAAGUCUAAAAAAGAAAUAUGUAACCACAAAGAUGUUCCUUUGCAAGAAAAUACUGCAGAUAAUCAGUCAAAUGAAUGGAUUUUGAGUACCCAUAGUAAAAAGUUUCCAUACUUUCCUCAAAUAGGUGAUGAGGUAUAUUAUCUUCGCCAAGGUCAUAAAUUAUAUGUUAUGCGAGUUAUCGAACGAAAUAUGUAUGAAAUACAAGAUUCACGUCAAGCUUAUUGUAGAUAUGAUUUAGCUCCAGCAGAACUGUGCAAGUUAGUUGGUAUUUCAUAUGAUGUUCAUCCUAUAAAGUUGUGUUCUUUAAAACUAGAACUUAUUGGAAAGAAAAAAUCAUCAGGCAGAAAACAAACCAUAACUGUGAGGUUUCAUGAUAUACCAAACGUUGUAGACUUUUUGGUGUUAAAACAUAUAUAUGAAGAGUCUUUGAUGCAUUUCUGGAAAGAAGGAGACAGAUUCCGAUGUAUUAUUGAUGAUAAAUGGUAUUUUGGAAAAAUCACAAAUGUUAGUCCUUUUGAAGAAGAUUUUCCUAACAGCAGUUUUCUAAGUUUAACAGUCGAAUGGGAUUCAGGUGAGAAUGAGAGGGUAAGCCCUUGGGAUCUAGAAAAAAUUCCUGAAGACUGUGAUAUUGUAAAUGACGAUCCAUUAACAGAAGAAGAUAAAGUUUUGUACAUGUAUAAACCUAACACAACAGACUGGCCUUAUGAAAACUUUGAAGAUCUGUUAUCUAGGGUUGGAAAAGGUCUUAAUGAUUUAAUGAUGAUGGAUUUUGCUUUUCCAUUUGUUAGUCCUGUUGAUACACUUCAGUAUCCAACUUAUUGGAGUGUUGUAGCAUUUCCCACUGAUCUUCAAACAAUAAAAUCAAGAUUAGAAAAUAGGUUUUAUAGGCGAAUAGAUGCACUCUUGUGGGAGAUACGCCAAAUAAAAACUAAUGCUGUUAAAUUUAAUGAACAAGGCAGUGCUAUUAUUGUUGAUGCUGCUUACUUGGUUAAACUGCUUUGCAAGUUUUGCAAAGACCCAGUCAUAACUGAUAUACGCUCUUUAUGUAAAAGUAUUCCACAUAUUUAUGAGAUUAAGGAACAAAAUUUUGAAGAAUCAGAAGAUGAAAAUGAUGAAGAUGAUGCAUAUGAAAGUGAUGCUCCUUGUGCUUCAUCUGAACAAUGCUCAUCUGGAGUUUCUACACAUGCAGAUGAGGACUGGAAACGUGAGGCAAAGUCAUUACUGGAAUUUAUUGCUUUAAAGGAUGACGCAGCUCCGUUUAGAGAACCUGUUGAUACAGAGCUAUUUCCGGAUUAUCUUAGUGUCAUACAUGAUCCGAUUGAUCUAUCUACUAUACGACAAAGAUUAGAUUCCAAUCAGUAUGAUGAUGCCGAAUCUUUUAUUCGUGAUUUUCAACUUAUCUUCAAAAACUCGAAAACGUACACCACUGAUCGACGUUCUGCUAUUUUUAAAAUGACACUAAGGCUAUCGGCUUUGUUUGACGCUCGAUGUCAUGCUGUUAUUGACGCUUACACACGUUCUCAUGAAAAUAUUCACUGGACGCGUGGAAAAUCAAAAAAAAAAGCCAAUUGUAAAAAAAUCUCUGAUUCAUCAGAAGAUGAAUUACAUUCCUCUACAAGACCUAUAAAAAAUUAUAAAAAAAAUAUAUCUCCUAAAAGGAACAAUCACAUUUCACCUGUCGAGUGUACUGGUAAAUCAUUAACAAAAAGUGCAACAACAACACAAAAUGGAGUGUUGCGUGUUACAAGAUCUAUGAAUAGUUAUAUAAAUAAAGACUCAAGUGACUCUAGUUUAAGUUCAGAAGAAAACGUUAUACCUAAAAUAUCUAUAUCGAAACGAACACGUAAUUCUAAACGUAGGUCUCGCGUUAGAAAACGUUAUGGCUAUGACUCAGACGAAAAUUUGGAAUAUCUUACUAAAAAAACUUCUCCUAAACCUUCAUUAAAACGUCGUCAUGUAGCCGAAGUAGAUAAAAAGUCAAACAAAAAACUUAAGUUAAAACAAAAUAAUAUAUUACAAAAACGAUCUUCGUGCAGAUCUAAAUCUGCAGUUAAUUACUGUGAAGAAGAGUUUGAUGUAUUUGAUCAAAUAUCAGAUAAAGAAACAAGAACUGAUUUAGUUGAUGAUAAGUCAUUUACUGAAAGUAACGAAGACUCUGAAGAAAGCUCAUUAAAAUCUCCUGUAGCCGUAAGUAGUCGCGGACGCAUACGUAAAGCUGCAAAACGUUUUUGUGAAUAAUUUGAAUCUCUGCGUUUUUAAAUAUAAAACGAAAUAAUCUAGAAAAUUAUUUAUAAUCUUUUUGUUUAACUAUUUUAGGUUUUAUUUUUGUUUUAUAUUUUUGUAUAGAUUUUAUAACAAAUGUAAAAGCACUUGACUGUUUCAUAGCAAUAGCAAUAGCUUUUAAAAA